UCCUAUCCCUCAGGCUGCAGAGGUGCUGGCAGCCGGCGGGGACUCCGGGAUGCCAGGGCUGGGCUGACCGCUGCCCCCUGCUCUUCGGCGCGUCCUUCAGUCCGAAGUGGAGUCCGAGGCACGAAUUUGGGGCGGGAGCGGCUGCCCGAGUCCGCGCACCGCUCAUGGACGCGCCCGGGGACACCGAGGGCCCACGCCCCUCUGAAGGUGAUCGGGGACUUUGGUCCUGUCUGCUUUGCAAGGACUUAAUCAGCUUAGCUCUAUUUCCUUCUCGAAAAGGCUGGGCCUGGUCUUGGGAGUCGGGUCAGCAUUUCUUUACCGUGCGGGAGGGCCUGAGGUUCGGACACUGGACGGUCUCCAGUGACGUUCUUCCUGUGGCCCGGCUUUUCAGUACAGUGUUUGAGAACGGCUUCCACUAGAAAGUUACAAAAUUUACAAGUCCGCCUCAUGUUGCACAGAUUUUGUUUUUCUGAAUUGCAUUGGCAGCCUCUGAAAAAAUGAUGACCUUCCAGGAACAUCAAGAGAGGCUCCCAGGCGUUUUUCCAGAAAACGGCUUUUUGUACUGAUAUCGGCAGCUUCCAUUAACUUGGGUUCCAUGAUGUGUGAUUCUAUCCUCGGACCCUUUUUCCCCAAGGAGGAGGGAAGAUUAAAGGAAAGAAAACAGAGAGGCAGAAGAGAGGGCAUUCUAACUUUAAAAGCUGCUGAAAAGAAGGGAGCCAGCAAUACAGUUAUUGGUAUGAUCUUUGGAUGUUAUGCUUUGUCUGACUUACUGGCAUCUUUGACAUUUGGAAAAUAUCUCGUGUACAUUGGAGCAAAAUUUAUGUUUGUAGCAGGAAUAUUUGUCUCAGGAGGAGUUACAAUUCUCUUUGGCGUGUUGGACCAAGUUCCAGCAGGGCCAGUAUUUAUUGUCAUGUGUUUUCUUGUGAGAGUGGCAGAUGCAAUAAGCUUUGCUGCAGCAAUAACCGCAUCGUUCUCUCUCCUCGCAAAGGCUUUUCCAAAUAACCUGGCAACAGUAUUGGGGACUCUUGAGAUUUUUUCUGGACUGGGGCUAGUGCUAGGCCCCCCUUUUGGUGGCUUUUUGUAUCAAUCCUUUGGCUAUGAGGUGCCUUUCAUUUUUCUGGGAUGCGUGGUUCUGCUGCUGGUUCCACUCAGCAUGUACAUUUUACCUAAUUAUGAGUCUGAUCCGGGUGAGCACUCAUUCUGGAAACUGAUCACUUUACCCAAGGUUGCCCUGAUAGCCUUUGUCAUCAGUUCGCUGAGUGCAUGUUUGGGCUUCCUCGAUCCUACUCUGUCUCUCUUUGUUUUGGAGAAGUUUAAUUUACCAGCUGGAUAUGUGGGACUCGUAUUCCUGGGUUUGGCAUUGUCCUACUCCAUUGCUUCCCCACUCUUCGGUCUACUAAGUGACAAGGCGCCACAUCUAAGGAAAUGGCUUCUGGUUUUUGGAAACAUAAUCACUGCAGGGUGCUAUAUGCUCUUAGGACCCAUCCCAGUCUUGCACAUUAAAAGUCAGCUCUGGCUGCUGGUGUUGGUGUUGGUUGUCAACGGCAUCUCGGCUGGGAUGAGUAUAAUUCCAACCUUCCCGGAGCUCCUCAGCUGUGCAUAUGAAAAUGGAUUUGAAGAAGGAUUGAGUACGCUGGGACUUGUCUCAGGGCUCUUUGGUGCAACGUGGUCAGUUGGUGCUUUUGUAGGACCAGUGCUGGGUGGAUUUCUGUAUGAAAAAAUUGGUUUUGAAUGGGCAGCAGGUGUACAAGGUCUGUGGGCUCUGACAAGUGGGUUAGUGAUGGGUUUCUAUUAUCUACUGGAGCACUCAAGGAGAAGACGAAGAUCUGAACCCGAAAACAUCCUUGGCACAGAGGAGGAACGAACUGCUCUCUUGCCUUAUGAAAUUGAGCCUCAGAAUCCUGCUUGAUCCAGAGUCAGGAAAUGGGCACUUCUGGCCUCAGGCACCAUGGCUGGAAAAGUCUUCUCAGUCCCAUGCACAGACCUCCAGGGACCCUUCACCAGCAUCCAGAAAGUGUCAAGACUGGGGGUAUUUUUAGAUGACCCCAAGUUGGGCUAUGUGGACUGUCAUCCUGAAAAACUGGCCUGCUGAACUAGCCAUAUUUGAAACAUUCUGCAUGAAAAGAGUAAUUGAAAAACAGCAAGUUUAUAAUUUUAAGGGGCUACUCCUGUCCUUGAAGAUGUCAUUUUGUUCUACUUAGGGUCCUGUUUCCUCUGUUUACUUUUUAUUCUAAGUGCACUGAUUCAGUGAAUGUAUCUUUUUUUAAAAGACAGGGAAAUAAAUCAAUUGAUUUGAUAUCUUA